CCGGGAGCACCCUGCCGGACCCAUCUCGUCAGUAGUGCUGCAUGACACGAGGUAUGGCCGUUGGAUCACCACGACUUACCUCCUCACCUCCCCAGCAGGCGGGACGUUGAUCAACGAGCUGCCGAGGAUAUGGAUCCGGGUGUUUUUGAGGAAGACCGGCUGGGCGAUGCAUUGGUUUCGCCAGGCGGUGUUGGUUUUGAGGAUGGUGGUGUGAAAUUCGGGGGAGGGGAAGAUGGUGCGGGUGAGUUGGUCGGCGGUCGUGCGGCCGAGGAGGCGGGAGAGGAGGUUGCCGAGCAUUUUUGGGGGCGUUGAUGUUGGGAAGGGGAGGAGGGAGGGGAGAGAAAGUUGGCAUGCCGAGGAACGCGUUGGCGCCCUUUCUCUACAUCUUUGUUCGUCUUCCACCUUCGUCCAGCGGACAUUGAGCGGACAUUGGGAACGAGCACCAUGCGCGAAUUACCAGGGCGAAGUCUUCGGCGGCGGCCUAUUUUUAUUCGACAUUUCACGAAGUGUCAGAAAUGUCGGACACGUCGGUCUCUUCUCUGGCUGCCGAAGAGACCGACGUGUGGGACAUUUCUCACACACUGAUGAAGACAAAGCGGACUUUGUUUCGGUGACCUUGCUGAAAACGCUUGUUGGAAAUCACAAUGUUUCGUCGUGGGUGUUUGUGGGCAGUUACCUUUCGAAGGUCUCGACUAUUAACUACCAGGGGAUGUUUGCCGGGGCCAAUGAUGCAAUGUUCAUGCCAUGCGAGAUCAAUGGUUUGGAAUGGAGCCCGUCGGCACCCAAGGAAAUAUCGACUGAGGGCCGUGUGGCGGUUUUUGAGGAUCCAGAAGUACAGGAAUCGAUCGCACUGCUGACCCAGCAAAGAGAAUCAAUCCUAGACGCUUUCACCACCGUUAGCGAUGCAAUUGCGUGCAGGGAGCCACAGGCGAUGGCAUACUAUCACGGUUCAUGGAAGCUUUCAACACUGAUCAGGAAUAAGACCAAAGCCAAAUUCCUCGAAGAGGUACAGCAGCAUCUGUCGGAGGAAAGAAAGCAGCUGUUUCGGCAAGCUUUCGAGUCGACUGAAAAGGCCCCUCGGGCCUGCUUCUGUUCGUGUCAAAGUAUGUUACCGGGCUUCAAAUGUAAGAACCAAUCCAUGCACUAUUUGAAACUUCCGAGGUAGGCAAAGCCCCACCUCAGGGCACGUCACCGUUGGCGGAAUGGUGGCCAACGUUGUAAAUGACGGUGCCGUCAUUCUCAAGCGCCAGAAGGCACGAACUCGAAAGUUUUCGGAUGUGCGCGGGAUUGUAGUCAUGUUCAUUGAGGUUUGUCAUUCUUGCAUGAUUGUUUAUUGCUCACAACAGGCUAAGCGCUUGAAGCAUGACAUGACUCCUGGAGAGCGGUAUGGGCAGCUGGCGGGUGAGGCCCUUUGGACGGCGCAGCACAACCUUGAAGGCGUAGGGAGCGGAGACCAAGAGGUAUGACAAGUACAGGGCUACUCUAUCGAGUCGUUCAUCCUCCUAAGCUAUCGCA